UCUUCCUGGUCUAGUGUAGCCUACGUUGGCGGCGUUGAGUUUAAUGACAACAUUUUGUAUUAAUGAAUAAUACAUAAAUAUAUGUAACUAAUAUAUAACUAAUUGGUGUAAGCUAUGGCUUCAACGAUAAAACAAGUUCUGCUAGACAGUCUGGAGGAUCUGAAUAAGAGAGACCAGAGGAAGUUUUGCGCCAGACUGUUGGAACGUGAGCGGGAGGGAGAGCCUCGGGUCAGGCGCAGCGCACUGGAGGACAAGGACGAAAUCGGUAUCGCUGAUGUUCUCGUCUCAACCUUCACUGAGGCUAAAGCCGGGAGGGUAGCAGUGGAAACGCUGCGGGCCAUAGAGUGUAACCAAAUCGCAGUGGGACUUGAGGCCGAACUGGAGAGUAAGUUGACUAAUGGAGAUGAUAGGAAGGAUAUUAGGAUUAAGACGAGAUCGCUGUUAGACCAGAUCCGGAGGUUCCCACCUAUCCUGGAUAAACUGCUGGAGCAUAGCAUCAUGAGUAAGGAGGACUAUGACUCCAUCAUGGCCAAACACGACCCGCAGGACCUGACCCAACAUCUGAGGUCCAGCGGAACCUAAGGACAUCUUCCUCAGCAUGCUGGAGGAAAUAUUAACUUUUCUUAUAGAGGACCUGAGGAGAUCUUGAGCCAUGGUGUGUUACAUAAGUAGCCUAAUUACAACAAUAAUGGAGGGUACUGAUUAUUUUGGGUAUUUUUUUUACUCAAUCUGAACUAAAUGUUUCGUUUUUAAAAUGUUGCUAUAAAUAAAUAAAUACUAUGCCUAUAAUGUUUAUCUAUCCAUUUUUAUGAAUUAGGAAUCAUGCGGUUUUUAAACGUAACGGAAGAUGUAGAACCAGAAUUACAUUUUUUUUUUACAUUGUUGUUUGGGGUAUUUUUUUUGCCUACUCAAUCUGAACUAAAUGCUUUGUUUAUAAAAUGUU